GCGUUCGACUGGAUCGUGUGCGUGGUGGAAGACAGAAGUACAAACGUCGGAUAGAUGCAGAAAACAGCCCAUAUUUGAACCCUCAACUGGCUCUGCCACCCAAAAAGCCAUAUAACAAGAUUGUGUCUCACUUGCUGGUGGCGGAGCCUGAGAAGAUCUACGCCAUGCCUGACCCCACCGUGCCCGACAGCGACAUCAAAGCCCUGACCACGCUCUGCGACCUGGCAGACAGGGAACUGGUGGUCAACAUUGGCUGGGCCAAGCAUAUCCCAGGGUUUUCCACACUCUCGCUGGCGGACCAGAUGAGUCUUCUGCAGAGCGCGUGGAUGGAGAUCCUGAUCCUGCGUGUAGUCUACCGCUCGCUGUCUUUUGAGGACAAGUUGGUCUACGCUGAAGACUACAUCAUGGAUGAGGACCAAUCCAAGCUGGCUGGCCUGCUAGACCUGAAUAAUGCUAUUCUUCAGCUGGUGAAGAAGUACAAGAGCAUGAAGCUGGAGAAGGAGGAGUUCGUCACUCUGAAAGCUAUAGCCCUGGCUAACUCAGAUUCCAUGCAUAUAGAGGACGUGGAAGCCGUGCAGAAGCUCCAGGACGUGUUGCACGAGGCCCUGCAGGACUACGAGGCGGGUCAGCACGCGGAGGACCCGCGCCGGGCCGGCAAGCUGCUCAUGACCCUACCGCUGCUCCGGCAAACGUCCACCAAGGCAGUGCAGCACUUCUACAGCAUCAAACAGGACGGCAAAGUGCCCAUGCACAAACUGUUUCUGGAGCUGCUGGAGGCCAAGGUGUAACUCCAUCCCCGGCCCCCCGUUAUACCGACAGAGAGCUGGAGGGGGUACGUCAAUGACUGCGCCCUCUUCACCGGGCAGACACUGACUAACUCUCUGCCGCUGUUUGUGAAACCUUUGUCAAUAAACUUUAACAAAUAAUAACUAAAACAUAACCGUACUGGUACUUCUAAUUACUGACAAUGAUACGUAAAUAUAAGAAUGAUUUAAAAUGUGAUUAUUGAGAAAAAUACGACUGCUUUCAUUAUUCAGCAGUGGGACUUGAAACCAGCCGUCGACUUGUUCUUCUCGAAAAUCUGAUGCUGAGUUUUUUUGUGCUAUUGAGACAUUCGAUUGAUUUUCAAAAGAGAAAUUCUGGAGCCGAAAAAGACCAGCCCUGCCAAAGGAAGGAGGUCCACCCGGUGGACACCAGCAAGCGAAACUUUCCCCGAACUGUCUCAUGUCGCUGAAGGAAUCUAGGGAUCGACCCUCUUUACCAUAAGAGCGUGACGUAGUGACUAUGUGCAGUAUUACAUUAGAGGUCCUCGGAG